AUGUCACAAAUGUUUUCAGUCGUUUGUGUCAAUCAAUGCAGUGAUAAUCAAAAGAGUUAUGAAAAGAGUUUGAAAUACUUGUCACAAGUUUUGCCACAAAGUGGCCGAAGAAGUGGUGAUCACACGAGACAACAGAGUGUCAGAAGAGAUAUCACAAAUGACGAGACAAUCGGUGGAAGUGAUGAUGAAAGUGAAGACACGACUGAAUGCGAGAACUCUUUAGGAAGUGAUAAGACUUGCGAUGAAAGCAAUGGUAAGACACGUGCAGUAAGUGAUGGCACGAGUGGACAGUUUGUGUGCCAUUGGAGUGGAUGUGGGAAACGGUUCACAAGUAUAGCAGACAUGUGUCCACACAAACCCUAUGACACUAGUGUUGGACACGAGUCCAGUGCUGCCGAAGAAGUUGACAAACAAUUGGUGGACACGACUUCGCAGACAAGUCCUAAUCAAAUGAAAUCCAUUUCUAGUGAAGAAUCGGCUGAAGAAUACAGCAGUGGUUCCAGUGAUACAGAAAUGAGCGACAAAUGCGAUGACAAUAAUCGGCGGCAAAGGGUUCACAAGAAGUCGAGAACUGAUCCCAAAAUAUGCGAUAAGACUUCCAAAGACACUGAACGACAGCACCGGAAGUAUAACCGUAAAUAUCGCUGCGAUUACAUCGGUUGCGGCAAAACAUUUCAAAACCAAAUGUUCCUCAAAAACCAUCGACACGUCCACACGAGUCACGUCUACCGGUGCGACUGGAAGGCCUGUACGGCUGUAUUCGCUACUCAACACUACCUAAACAAUCACAUAAAAGUGUGUCACGACUCGGAAUACCGGUGCGAUCGGGAGCCGAGUCCCCCCGCACUAGUAGCUAGCCCUCGAGAGCCCGUCAAACGGGUCAGGGAUAAGAUCUUACGGUGCGGUUACGGGAGCUGUCAGUUCACUGUCAGAGGACGGGUAGGCCUCACUCAGCAUCGACUCCGUGCCCACACAGUGUGUCAGCUCCGGGACUGCGGAAAGGCGUUCAAACGGUACCCGGACUUACGGCGCCACCAACUCAUCGUACAUCCGGACGAUAUGCCCGACCCGUGGCUACAGUGCCCGCAAACUGACUGUCCGUUUCGCUCCAAAUCUAAUCAACGACUCAACGAGCACUUGGCAGCCGACCACUCGACUCGACACCAGUGCCCGGUGUGCGGGAAGAGCUACGGGACAGCCUAUCAGCUCCAGCAACACGAGUCCGCGCACAACCCGGAGCUAAGGGUCCGGUGCGAGUGGGAGGGCUGCGGGAAAGUGUUGGCCCACAAGGAGUCGCUGGCGUCGCACAUGAAGUCGCACACAAUGCCCGGAGUCUACCGGUGCUGUUGGCCCGGGUGUGACAAGUCGUACACAUUUAAGCGGUCGCUGGAAGCUCACGAACAGAUCGCUCACUUGCCUAAGACCUACCGGUGCGAUGUGUGCGGCCAACUAUAUGGUAGACUAUGCGACCGGAAUACCCAUCAGUUGACACACGACACGAGCGCGAGGGUCCGGUGCGAGUGGCCAGAGUGUGGACAGGUAUUCAAGAAUGGGAAGUGUUUAUCGGCGCAUACGAACGUGCAUACGAUGGCCAGACCCUACCGGUGCCCGUAUGAGGGGUGCGCUAAAGUGUACGGCAAUAAGACGUCGUUUAACUCGCAUAAAAUGUCUCAUAAAAAGUGCAAUUAA